AAUGCGCUCUUCAACUACGUCAUCGAACUUCGGCUUUCACCAUCUGAUCCACUCCCAACGAUUAUCUUGAACGAUGGUUCCCCAGGCUUUUAUUGCCGGCGCUAAGCGAACUGCGUUUGGUGCCUAUGGUGGAGCUCUAAGAUCGCUGACAGCCGCUCAACUUGGGGGACUUGCUUCCAAGGCUGCAUUGGCGCAAUUACCGGCGGGGACGGUCGUUGAUCAUGUGAUUUUUGGCACUGUUCUUGGUUCGGAUCCUUCAAGCGCAUAUCUUGCGCGUCAUGUCGGACAUCUUAGCGGUUUGCCGGUCACUGUGCCGGCUUUAACAGUCAAUCGGCUCUGCGGCAGCGGGUUUGAGAGCGUCAUCCAAGCUAAACGCUUAAUCUCCCUGGGUGAAGCUGAUGUGGUGAUCACUGGUGGAAGUGAGAGCAUGUCACGAUGUCCCUACACAUUGGCUGGCGAGAGUCGAUUCGGGAACCGAUAUGGCGUGGAUCUAAAGCUCGAAGAUAGUUUGGCACACGCUCUUAUCGACCGGGUCCCUCAACCGACCCCUAUGGGUAUUACUGCUGAAAACCUGGCCGAUAAAUAUUCAAUCAGCAGAGAGGACUGCGAUCGCUUUGCUUUAGAAAGCCAAAGAAGGUGGGAGCAAGGUAGAAAAGAUGGAGCAUUCAACGAGGAGGUGAUACCGGUCGAAUUGGUCUCACGCAAAGCGACGGUUCACUUCAGUAUAGAUGAGCAUCCUCGUCCGCAGACAGAUGAAACUUCUCUUAAGAAGCUUACACCGGUUUUCAAGAAAAACGGGGUUGUGACAGCCGCGAAUGCGAGUGGGAUUUGCGAUGGCGCAUCGGCAAACGUGGUGGUUUCGGAGGCGUGGCUCAAAAAAAACCAGGUCAAGCCCCUUGCAAGAAUUGUAAGCCACCAUACUGUCGCCGUAGAUCCAACUAUCAUGGGAAUCGGGCCGGUUGGGGCGAUCAAAGGUGCUCUGAAAUCAGCAGGACUCAGUAUCGGCCAGGUAGAUCUUUUCGAUAUCAAUGAAGCAUUCGCCGCUCAGUGGUUGGCAGUCGCCAAGGAGCUGGAGCUACCCUUGGAUCGUUCCAAUAUGUUUGGAGGUGCGAUCGCGCUGGGACAUCCGUUGGGUGCAUCGGGAGCCAGAAUUCUCAACAAUUUGACUUACAAUUUGAUCCGACUUAAUAAAAGAUACGGUGUCGGGUCUGCUUGUAUCGGCGGGGGCCAGGGGAUUGCUGUAGUAUUGGAAAGGUGUUAAAGACGAUUAAGUGUAGUUUUCGUUUAAGUAUUAACACCCUGUACUGUAUGAUUAAAAGACAAUGUAUUGAUAAACAGCCUUAUUGCAACAGAAUAGUUUUCAAAUCAGUUGGCAGAAAUCCGCAACACUUAUUUGGUUAGAUUUUUUUGUAGUUUUGUUUCACUCCCCCAAGCGCCAUUUAACCAUUUGUUACAUUGUCACAACUUCUCCUUCAAUUACGCACAUCUCCACUUUGGCAACUUUCAAGGCCUUAUUUUGUUUAAUUUUGUGAUGUCUUUGAUCUCCGCUCGCGGUCUGGCGUGAAAAUCAUUUGUAAAAGAAAACCAAAGUGAAAGCAGUACUUACUAUUGUCAUUAUGACAGCUUCAGGCGGUCUUGGGAAGUACAUUGCCUCUG